GGCCUGCUGCCUGUGCUUCCGGGUUCAUUCUGCAUUUUUGUUUCUCCAAACUCUGCAUCUUUCUCAAAGUUGGGAGAGUGUGGCUUGUGCUCGGCGUUCGACAUGGAGGAACUUCUGUCAUUCACAGACGUGGCCAUUAGUUUCUCUGCAGAGGAGUGUGAAUGCCUGGAGCCUGCUCAGUGGAAUCUUUACAAGGAAGUGAUGCUGGAGAAUUACAGCAACCUUGUGUUCCUGGGUCUUGUUUUGUCUAAGCCAUAUCUGGUCACAUUUCUGGAGCAAAAUACAGAGCCUUUGAUUGUGAAGAGAAAAGCACCAGCUGCCAGUCAUCCAGGAUCAAAACCCCAUAAAUGUAAAGAAUGUGGGAAGGCCUUUGAUAGAAAUUCAGUCCUUAUUCAACACCAGAGAAUUCAUACUGGAGAGAGACCUUAUACAUGUGAAGAAUGUGGUAAAUCUUUUAACUAUUCUUCCAGCCUUAAACAGCACCAAAGAAUUCAUACAGGAGAGAAACCCUACAAAUGUGAAGUAUGUGGCAAAGCUUUUAGUUGUUCUUCGUAUCUGGGUAAGCAUCAAAGAAUCCAUACUGGAGAGAAACGCUACAGAUGUGAAGAAUGUGGUAAACCUUUUACUAAUUGUUCAGGCCUUGUUGUUCACCGAAGAGUUCAUACGGGAGAGAAACCCUACAAAUGUGAAGAAUGUGGCAAGGCCUUCAGUGUUCGCACAACACUCUCUAAACAUCAGAUAAUUCAUACUGGAGAGAAACCAUACAAAUGUGAUGAAUGUGGAAAGACUUUUAAUGUUCACUCAACACUCUCUAAACACCAGAGAAUUCAUACUGGAGAGAAACCUUACAAAUGUGAAGAAUGUGGCAUGGCCUUUAAUGUUCGCUGCAUUCUUUCUAAACACCAGAGGACCCAUACUGGAGAGAAACCCUACAAAUGUAAAGAGUGUGGUAAAGCCUUUAACUGUUCUUCCAGCCUUCACCAACACCAACAAAUACACAGAGGUGAGAAACUCUAUAAAUGUGAUGACUGUGACCAGGCAUUUAGCUGUUCUUCUUAUCUGUAUAAGCAUCGGCGAAUCCACAGUGGGAUGAAACCCUAUAAAUGCAAGGAAUGUGGCAAGGCCUUUUACUGUUCUGUAAACCUUAUUUACCAUCAGAGAAUUCAUACUGGAGAGAAACCAUAUAAAUGUGAUGAGUGUGGAAAAGCCUUUAGCAUUUGCUCAACUUACAUGAAACACCAGCGAAUACAUAGUGGAGAAAAACCCUACAAAUGCAAAGAAUGUGAGAAAGCCUUUAAUAAUUGUUAUAAUCUAAUUCAACACCAAAGAAUUCAUACUGGAGAAAAACCCUACAAAUGUAAAGACUGUGGCAAAGCCUUCAAUUAUACUUCAAGCCUUGCUCAACAUCAAAGAAUUCACACUGGAGAGAAACCCUACAAAUGUGAAGUAUGUGGCAAGGCCUUUAACUCUUCUUCAAACCUUAAACAUCAUUGGAGACUUCAUACUGGAGAGAAGCCCUACAAAUGUGAACAAUGUGGCAAAGCCUUUAAAAAUUGUUCAGGCUUUACUCGGCACUACAGAACUCAUAUCAGAGAAAAUGCAGAUUAGUGCAAACACUGUCAAAGCCUUCAAUCAUUGUUUAUUGAUCCUUCAACAAUAAAGAAUUCACAGGAGAGAGAAAUUUUAGAAAUGAAAGGAAUAAGGGAAGACCUCUAAUAACAGUUCAACCCUUAUUCAAUACCCAACAUUUCUUUCAUACCAGAAAAAUCUCGUAGUGGUGAAGAAGAUGACUGUGUUGAGCAGUCUAUACUUAUGCACCAUCAAAAAUUCACAUUUUAGAGAAUCCCUAUAAAUGCAAGUAAUGUGGGAAAUCCUCAUUAACCAUGAGUGAAUUAUAAUCAAACUUUAUACAUGCAAAAUGACUUGGGAAGGAACAGUAAAAUAUAUAAAACUGAGAAAAGCUACUAGUUAAAAAGCACUAUGUAAACAGUAUUGCAAGACUUUAGUCAUUGUGUAGACCUUAAGAGAUAAAAGGGAAUGAUCAUAGACAAACUUCAUGAAUUGUAUGUAUAGAAUUUAACAAAGCAUGAAAUAUUGCUUAUAAUUUCUAGGGGAAUUUUUGUUGUGAUAGAAAAACUUAUUACAGACUUUGGGGUCAUGCAGAUAACUCAAAUCUGUGAGGAUAUCAAUAUGUUAUAAAUUCAAAUUAUAUCAUAGGCUCAAUUUUGAAAAAAUGUUAAGAUCACAACUGCUAGAUACUUUUAUCAGAAGAAUAUGACUGAAUCCUGUGGCUUGAGAGUCUGUUUGUUUUUUCCCAGAGAUCAUACAAUACAUUAUUGUAAUAUGAAGUUUAGUGACUUUUGUAAAUAAAAAUAAGUGUUUCUUAAUGCAUUGUUAAUGUUGUGUAUAGAAUUACAUUCUGCUACAGACAUUAAAAUAAUAUCUACCUUCGUGAGGUAUGAUGGGUAAUCUUGGCUGUCCACUUAACACAUUUAGGAAGAGGGAACCUCAAUUAAAGAAUUGUCUCUGUCAGAUUGGCCUGUGAACAUGACUGUUACAUUUUCUUGAGUACAGCUGAUAUAGGAGACCCCAGUCCACUGCAGACAAAACCAUCCCGAGGCUAUAUGGGCCUGGGCUGUGUAAGAAAGAUAACUGAAAAUGAGAUGGGAGUAAGCCAGUAAGUAGCAUUCUUCCAUGAUCUUUGCUCAGGCUCCUACCUUCAGUUCCUGCCUUGGAUUUCUUCAGUGAUGGACUGUAAUGUGUAAAAUGAGACCCUUUCUUACCCAAGUUGCUUUUUGGUCAUGGGGUGGUAUAUCAAAGUAACAGAGAAACAAACUAGAACAUAAGGAAUCUAAGUAACAUUUUACUUACACACUACUGAGGAUUAGUGGGAUAGUCUGUUCCCAAUGUUAAUGUGCUCCAGGUAAUUUGUAACAUAUUAUCUUUUUAUGUUAUAUCAUUAUUCAUCCACCUAUCAAUUACUUUCAUAUCAUGUGUUUUAUAGAAAUAAAGUUACACCCUUUUUGA